AUGGAGGCUCGAGGGGAGCUGGACCCGGCUCGGGAAUCGGCGAGCGGUGACCUGCUGCUGGCGUUGCUGGCUCGGAGGGCCGACCUGCGCCGAGAGAUCCCAAUGUGUGCCGGCUGUGAUCAGCAUAUCUUGGACCGCUUCAUCCUUAAGGCUCUGGACCGACAUUGGCACAGCAAGUGUCUCAAGUGCAGUGACUGCCACAUACCUCUGGCUGAGCGCUGCUUCAGUCGCGGGGAGAGCGUCUACUGCAAAGAUGACUUCUUCAAGCGCUUCGGGACCAAGUGCGCCGCAUGCCAGCUGGGCAUCCCGCCCACGCAGGUGGUUCGCCGCGCCCAGGACUUCGUAUACCACCUGCAUUGCUUUGCCUGCGUGGUUUGCAAGCGGCAGCUGGCCACGGGGGACGAGUUCUAUCUCAUGGAAGACAGCCGGCUGGUGUGCAAGGCGGACUACGAAACAGCCAAGCAGCGAGAAGCCGAGGCCACAGCCAAGCGACCGCGCACGACCAUCACCGCCAAGCAGCUGGAGACACUGAAGAGUGCCUACAACACUUCGCCCAAGCCGGCGCGCCACGUGCGGGAGCAGCUCUCCUCCGAGACCGGCCUGGACAUGCGCGUGGUGCAGGUGUGGUUCCAGAACCGCCGAGCCAAGGAAAAGCGACUGAAGAAAGACGCGGGCCGGCAGCGCUGGGGACAGUAUUUCCGCAAUAUGAAGCGCUCCCGCGGCAGCUCCAAGUCCGACAAGGACAGCAUCCAGGAGGGACAGGACAGCGACGCCGAGGUCUCCUUCACUGAUGAGCCGUCCAUGACUGACAUGGGGCCUGCCAACGGCCUGUACAGCAGCCUCGGAGAGCCCACCCCUGCCUUGGGCCGGCCUGUUGGAGGAGGGCUCGGCAGCUUUGCACUGGAGCACGGAGGCUUGCCUGGUCCAGAACAGUACCGAGAGCUGCGCCCAGGAAGCCCCUACGGCAUCCCUCCAUCCCCUGCAGCCCCCCAGAGCCUUCCCGGCCCCCAGCCUCUCCUCUCCAGCCUGGUAUACCCAGACUCCAACUUGGGCCUUGUCCCCUCAGGGCCCCCAGGUGGGCCCCCACCCAUGAGGGUGCUGGCUGGAAAUGGACCCAGCUCUGAUCUGUCCACCGAGAGCAGUGGCGGUUACCCCGACUUCCCUGCUAGCCCUGCCUCCUGGCUGGAUGAGGUAGACCACGCUCAGUUCUGA